AUGUCGCACCGACCGCGCAGUGCGCUGCAGUCUGUGGACUUUGACACGGAUGACUCUGUGCCAGUGCAGCUAGACGUGAAUUACGACGACGGACUCGGCGUGCUUGGACGGCGAGGUGUGUGGAGCUCGAAAGGGCCCAGCGUCGAUGACACGUCGCGUCUGAGUGUGCUUGCGACGCUCUACCUGCACGUGCGAUGGGCAUGGAGUGGCUUAGCCGAUGCGGCGCGGUGCAAGCGUGCGUUGCAUCUGGUCCAGGCCUCGCGGGAACUGCGUGUAGGCCUGCUCAAGGGACUGGCCCUGAGUGGCGCGGUCAGCGUCGUCAUCUACACCUUUGUGUCGCUGCUGCCGCGCCCGUCUCUGCCGGAGGAGGAUCACUUCUGGCCCGACAUGUCGGGUGAGCGCCGCGCGUCUGCUGCGCCCUCCUGGUUCAGCUCACCGCACCAUGUAUUUUGGCUCUAUCCCGUGAUGGCUGCCAGCUACUUUAUUGCGUCGACAUGGAGUGUCGGUGUGGCGGAGGCGGCCUUCACAGCUCAUCAUAUCCAGCCUUUGCGCCCGCCAGCCGAGCAUGUAUGGUGGUGCGAGUAUGCUGUGCGAGCGAUGCUGAUCGUCAACUAUUCCAUUCCAUGCCUCCUGCUCCAGAACCUGCCAUGGGUCGGCCACGUCCUGUCGUUCCUCGUCAUGAGCUUUGUCGAUGGCUUCUUUUGCUUCGAGCAGGUAUGGUCUGUUCGUGGGUGGCCGCUGGAGAAGCGAUUGCGCUUCGCCGAGUCGCACUGGUCCUUCCUCAUGGGCUUUGGCGUGCCUUCGACGCUCGUAUCUUUCUUCCACCCAAGUGGCCUAUUGAAUCUCAUGCUCUUUAUGCUCGUCUUUCCCAUAUGCACGCUCUUGGCGUUCCUCGCUGUGCCGCAACCGCACAGUGCCGCGCUGGGCGCCCAGACGGCUAUGCUGCCCUCCACGGUCCAUGGCGCCGGGAACGCACAAAACACCCCCUUGGCCUGGUGUUUGCCUGCGCGCAUUCCGCUCUUUUGGCCCACGGUGCGAUUUCGUCGGUGGGUGUCGACGCGUAUGGCGACAGAGAUGCCGCCGCUGAUACCACGGAAGCCGAUGUCAGCUCCCAGCACAGAUCCACGCCGGUCUGUCUCGACCAUGGCGCCGAGCAUGUCGCCCGCGACACCGCGGCGUUCUGCCGCCUCCUUUGUCGGUGGCGCAUGGUCCAUGCAUCCCCGCGGACGUAUGGUCUCGGCUCCCCUCGCAGGCUCGCCUGAUCACGUCGCCGAGCCGCCGAGCUCGUGGCGUGCGUCGGCCGUGAGUAUUCCCAUGUCGUCCGAGACGCUCGGUCCACGCAAAAUGCCCAAGCAGGCCUCCUGA